AUGCGAUGGCAUUCGUUUACGAAACAUUGCGAAUACGAAAUCCUCUACCAGGGUGGACAUACAAUUCCUGCCGGUACUCCCAUAGUGUUUCACCAGUUCUCGGUACUCAUGGAUGAAAAACAGUGGCCUAAACCUAACCUAUUUAAACCGGAACGAUUUCUAAAUAAACAUGUGCUAUUCUACGGAGGAAUAGAAGUGACAAAAGAGUACUUCAGUUAUCCAUAU